GUGUGCUGUGUCCAGCAGCGAAUAUGCUAUCCACACUGCAGCCUCCGCGCUGCUCGCUUUCUCGCUUCCAUCUUCACUCCAAACCAUUGUUGUUCCACACCAAGCAAACCCCUCUCUCAUCUCCUCACCCCAUCGCCAAUUCCACUCUCACCGAUCAAAUUCCCACCUCCACCGCUUCCCAACCCCUCCAUUCCCAAAUUCUCUCCAUUCGCCAUUCCCUUCUUUCCCGCCAAAUCACUGCCACCCAACUUGCUGACUCCUAUCUCACCCGCCUUCGCGCAUUGGAGCCUCACCUCAAGUCCUUUCUCCACGUCUCCGAACUAGUUCUCUCUGAUGCCCGCGAGAUUGAUGACAAAAUUCAGAGAAAUGAAGAAUUGGGUCCUCUUGCUGGGGUGCUUGUGGGUGUCAAGGACAACAUUUGUACAGCGGGUAUGCCUUCCACUGGUGGAUCUCGGAUUCUGGAUGGUUAUCGACCGCCAUUCGAUGCCACUGCUGUGAAGAGAGUCAAGCAAUUGGGUGGGAUUGUGGUCGGGAAGACCAACUUGGAUGAGUUUGGCAUGGGUAGUUCCACUGAAGGCUCUGCUUUCCAGGUCACUGCAAAUCCGUGGGAUUUGAGUAGAGUGCCGGGAGGGUCAUCUGGAGGCUCUGCUUCGGCUGUUUCUGCUAGGCAGUGUGUGGUGUCUUUGGGAAGUGAUACAGGUGGAAGUGUGAGGCAGCCAGCAUCUUUCUGUGGGGUUGUUGGGUUGAAACCGACUUAUGGUCGUGUCUCGAGGUUUGGACUUAUGGCUUACGCUUCAUCGCUCGAUGUUAUUGGCUGCUUGGGUACAACGGUUGCUGAUGCUGGGAUUCUUCUAAAUGCUAUUUCUGGUCAUGAUGCACUUGAUUCCACUAGUAGCAAACGAGAGGUUCCUGACUUUACAUCGCAAUUUACUGCUGCUGAUUUGUUGGAAUCUAAACCCUUGAAAGGAUUGAGGAUUGGUCUGAUUCGUGAGACUCUUGAUAAUGGUGUUGAUAGUGAAGUAAAUUCUGCAAUACGUUCUGCUGCUUCACAUCUUGAAGAACUAGGAUGCUCCGUCAAUGAGGUAUCACUGCCAUCAUUCUCCCUUGGGCUGCCUGCCUAUUACAUUCUUGCAUCAUCUGAAUCAUCUUCAAACUUAGCACGAUAUGAUGGUGUCAGAUAUGGAAAUCAAGCUGUUGCUGAUGAGCUAACUGGUCUGUAUGAAAAUUCUAGAGCAACAGGCUUUGGUUCGGAGGUUAAAAUGAGAAUUUUGAUGGGAACAUAUGCUCUCUCAGCCGGUUAUUAUGAUGCUUACUACAAGCGUGCCCAGCAGGUGAGAACCAUUAUUCAGAAAAGCUUCAGAGCUGCAUUAGAUGAAAAUGACAUCUUAAUAUCACCUGCUGCUCCAUCUGCCGCUUACAGAAUUGGUGAAAAGGUGAACGAUCCAUUGGCAAUGUAUGCAGGUGACAUCAUGACUGUCAAUGUUAACUUAGCUGGACUACCUGCAUUGGUGUUGCCUUGUGGAUUUGUUCGAGACGGGUCCUCUGAACUUCCUGUCGGUCUUCAAAUGAUUGGUGCAGCGUUUGAUGAGGGUAAACUUCUCAAAGUGGGACACAUCUUUGAGCAAACUCUUCCAAAUUGCAGCUUUGUUCCACCACUAUUAGCCGAUGACACUCUGUAGGUUAGCUUCAAGCCAAUUGAGUUGUGAAGCAGUGAGGAAAUUGGGAACCUGGGAAUGUUACAUUCUACUGUCUUCACCAUUUGAUUGUGUUCUCUGUUAUCUAAAAAAACAAAUUGAUUGUUUUCCAAAAUUUAUAUUACAAUAAGAUGGUAAAAUUUUGCUUGCUAUUGGGAGCCGAACCGAGUCUUCAUUUGGGCAUUAAGAUGGAGUGCAGUUUUUGCUUUUUAUCU